CCGGCACCAGCGGCGCAGCCAGCCACCCGCUCUCUCCCCCGUCCGCACGCACUUUUAAAUACGCCACCGUGCCCCUCCUCCCCCGUCAGCCAGGCAGUCACACACAACACACGGCGCUCCCCUGAGACUGAGAGCCUUCCUGAACGGCCUCCUCUCUUCAUCCGGCAGUUCAGAGUUUCAGACUUUGAGAGUUCACACACACACGCACGCCGCGGCUUGAUGGCGGGCGGCGCCAUGGAGGACGGAACGCGGGAGGUGGAGCGGUGGGAGGGGUACGUGGACUGGAGGAGCCGGCCGGCGGUGAAGGGCCGGCACGGCGGCAUGGUCGCCGCCUCCUUCGUGCUGGUUGCGGAGGUGCUUGAGAACCUGGCGUUCCUGGCGAACGCGAGUAACCUGGUGACGUACCUGAUGAAGUCCAUGCACUACUCGCCGGCGCAGUCGGCCACGACGGUGACCAACUUCAUGGGGACGGCCUUCCUGCUCGGCCUCUUCGGCGGCUUCCUCUCCGACGCCGUCUGCACCACCUACGCCGUCUACCUCAUCAGCGCCUUCGUCGAGUUCAUGGGUUUGGUGGUCCUGACGAUCCAGGCGCGGUCACCGUCGCUGAUGCCGCCGGAAUGCAUCAAGGCUGUCGGCGCGGCGCCGUGCGAGCCCGUGUCGGGGAGCAAGAAGGCGAUGCUGUUCGUGGGGCUGUACAUGACGGCUCUGGGCAUCGGCGGCAUCAAGGGCUCCCUGCCGUCGCACGGCGCGGAGCAGUUCGACGAGCACACGCCGCGCGGCCGCAAGGGCCGCUCCACCUUCUUCAACUACUUCGUCUUCUGCCUCUCCUGCGGCGCGCUCAUCGCCGUCACCUUCGCCGUGUGGGUCGAGGACAACAAGGGGUGGCAGUGGGGGUUCGGCAUCUCCACCAUCGCCAUCCUGCUCUCCAUCCCGGUCUUCGCCGCCGGCUCCAAGUUCUACCGCAGCAAGGUGCCCACGGGCAGCCCGCUCGUCACCAUCGGCAAGGUCCUGCUCGCGGCCGCGUCCGCGCGCCGCGGGGGCACGCAGAGCGCCAGCAACGGCGCCGUCAUCGACCGCGCGCCCAGUCCCACGGGGAGCACCGACAUGAAGGAGUACUGCAAGCCCGGGAACACAUGCGCAGCCGCCGACGAGGUGACGGAGCCGUCCCAGGAGCUGAGCGGCUUGAACCGAGCGGUGCAGUGCCAGCCGCGGCACAGGACCCUGGCGUGCACGGUGCAGGAGGUGGAGGACGUCAAGAUCGUGCUCAUGGUGCUCCCCAUCUUCCUCUCCACCAUCAUGCUCAACUGCUGCCUGGCCCAGCUCUCGACCUUCUCCGUGGAGCAGGCGGCGACGAUGAACACCCACGUCGGGGGCCUCAAGGUGCCGCCGGCGUCUCUGCCGGUGUUCCCCGUCACGUUCAUCAUACUCCUGGCGCCCAUCUACGACCACAUCAUCGUCCCGUUCGCGCGGCGAGUAACCGGGACGGAGAUGGGCAUCACCCACCUCCAGCGCAUCGGCACCGGGCUGGUCCUCUCCAUCGUGGCCAUGGCGGUGGCCGCCGUCGUCGAGGUGAAGCGCAAGAACGUGGCCACCGACGCCGGCAUGAUGGACUCCGCGGCGCCGCUGCCCAUCACAUUCUUCUGGAUCGCGUUCCAGUACCUGUUCCUGGGGUCUGCGGACUUGUUCACGCUGGCGGGCCUGCUGGAGUUCUUCUUCAGCGAGGCGCCGCCGCGGAUGCGGUCGCUGGCGACGUCGCUGUCGUGGGCGUCGCUGGCGCUGGGGUACUACCUGAGCUCGGUGCUGGUGACGGUGGUGAACAGCGCGACGGGGCGCGGCGGGCACCGGGCGUGGCUGGAGGGGGCGAGCCUGAACCACUACCACCUCGAGCGGUUCUACUGGCUCAUGUGCGUGCUCAGCGCGCUCAACUACGUCUUCUUCUUGGUGCUGGCCAUCCGGUACAAGUACAGAAACGCUGGGGUGAUCAAGGGGUGAUGAGAAUGAGAUACAGCUUGUAAUGUAGGGCGUCGGUGAAGGUGCUCAAUUAUCUGGUGGCAAGGUAAAUUUAUGGAGGUUUUGAGAUGGCAAGGUAAAUUCGUGUGCCGGCUCGAUGGGUUUCUCAUGGUGUUCAUUGUUGUGGAUUUGCUUGGUUGGUUGGCUGAAGAAGAAACUCAAAACGAGUUUGGCGUUGCAGGCGAAUGUAUGGGGAUAGGUCUCGGCUGAUUAAAGAUGAAAGACAAGCACCAUCUGCAUAUAGAGAUAACUUAGUAGUUCGUUUAUAUGGAAAUGAUUUUCUGAUC